CCUUUUUGAAAAGGAACCGAGCGAGUUCCAACACAACGGCUGCCUGAUCUCUCACCACGUUGCUUAGCUCAAUUCAAGCUUCUCAUUGGCUUCCACUAGUGUUACCACUGUGAUCAGGUACCUCCUCCAUCCUGGCUUGGAUCGAGUGGCCAGGCGAGCUGCCAGGGGUUCGCGGCCAUCGCUACCACUCUAGGGGCGUUGAUUGGCGCCUCUUCAAUGGACAUCGCCAAUUGGAGGAGAGAGAGUGACAUAUAUGACGAGAAUGCCCAUUCCCGAUCGUGUUGUACAUUCUGCUUCUUCUUCUUGUCUCUCUUCUUGUGAUUCAUCCUGCUCCGUUUCCUCUUUUCAUAAUAACGUCCAAUCCAACCACCAAAACACCAUCAUCACCACCACAAACACCGCAAACAUGAAGGUCACCGCUGCCCUUUUCUCCCUCGCUUUCGCCAGCUUCGCUGCUGCCCAGGACCUUGGUAACCUCCCACCUUGCGCUACCGAAUGUGCCACCCCUUACCUCACCAACGGCAUCGGUAACUGCGGUCGCGACCCCAAGUGCAUCUGCACGGACGAGACCUUCAUCAAGGACAUCCAAUGCUGCCUUCUGUCGAAGUGCUCGGCCAGCGAGCUUGAUGCUGCCGCCGGUUUCGCUUCCACCUUCUGCAAGAACAACGGUGCCACAAACUUCCCUACCAAGGCCACCUGCGCGACCGUCGCUGCCACCGCCACCACCGGUGGCAGCGCUUCCGCUACCGCCGUCGUCACCACCGGUACCGGUACCGCUGCUGCCACUACUGUCACUGGUUCCAACAGCGCCGCCUUGUCCUCGGCCGUUAGCAGCAUUGAGAGCGCUGCCAGCAGCGCGGCUACCAGCACUCACACCAGCAACCCCGGCCCCAGACAGACUGCCGCUGCCGGUCUUGGUGCCAUUGGUGGCCUCAUGGCUGCCGUUGCCCUCCUUUAAGAGGUGAUUAGGGUUUGGGAAAUACUGUAUAAUGUAAUGGUCAUGAUGAAGUGACGGGCCUUGGAUAUGCAUGAAGCAAAAGAUAUGAUAUAAUGAAAUGUUAAUACCACGGCAACUUCGAUCAAGUACCGCUAUACAAUGCUUGUGUAACCCCUCACUCAUCGAGCGAGCAAGCUUGAAGUCAACCCCCUCCCCACGUGUGCUGUCGGUUAAAUCGGCUGCUUGUCCUUGUAGGAUCGUAGGACGGCAACUGAUAUGAAGAAACCAAUGAUAACUGGCAACAAAAAUACACCAGGAGCUCAGUGCAGUCGCACAACCAACAGCCCUGCACCUCGACUUGUACGAAGCCUCAGACGUAAUAGCAAAUAAAAAGGGGUAUCAAGUAUAAAUGUAGCGCACCAUAAUGAAAGCACGCUCGCCAACUCGCAACAUCUCCUGAGCCGUGAUCCACUUCUUAUCCCAUCCUCGGGCUUUCACCACCCACGGCCUCACCCCCGUUUGUGUCCUGAACUCAAGGCCCCCUCCGCAUUAUAACCCUCCCAUUACUUCAACCGCCACUACCAUCCAAUCUACCUCCCACUUCACUGCGUCUUCCCCCCAAUCUUCCUAAUCACCACCCUUCCAUUGUUCAUUUCCCACCCGACCCCAAAUCGCUCCACCAUGUCCUCCCACUUCAUCCCCAUCGUCUCCUCCAAAUACUCCACCCCCACACUCAGAUACGCCCUCCCAAACGCCUUCAGGACAUGUCCUCUCAUCCCCGGCUCCGCAAACUCCAUCAACUUGACUCUGUACCCAUCCACAGCUCUCUUGGUCCGUCUCCAACUCACCCAAUCAUCCGUCACCAGCGCUUUCAGCGUAGCAUCCACUUUGGGGUCUCUCAGUUUAUACCGAUUCCUCAACGCAUACGCCUCGGCCAGGUCUCCCCGGCGACAGGCUGUGUCCAGCACAAGAUACGAGACAACCUCGUGGUAUUCGACGGACGUCAAAGGAUGCGUGGGAGAGCGGUGAAUGACGCGCAGGAGGUAGAGAAGAGAAGGGAGGUAGGUCUCGAAGGAGGAAGAGAGAAUGCCGAGGCGCACGGCGAAAAGGUAGACUUGUGCGGUGAAGUCGUCGAGGCGUGAGGAGGCGACGAGGGCUUCACGGAGUUUGCGGAGGGCGGAGAGGAUCUGGGAGAGGUCGGAGGGUGGGGGAAGUUGGGGUGUGGAAGCUUCGUGGGAGUGGGACGAGGAGGAGGAUGGCGGUGUUGAUGUUGAGCCGGCUGGGAGAAGCGGUGUCGACGUGUUAGUGCUGGUGGUCUCGCCGACGGCUAGACGGGAGAACUGCU